AUGCAGGGUUUCAAAAGAAAGUUCAAGGAGUGGGUUUACUCAUUCAGCACUGAGGAUCACUACGCGGAGUAUGAUCCGAACGAGGAACCGAGUUUCAAUAUGAGGCAGCGUACUGGCCCACCCGGCGGGGUCAAUCCGUCGUCGAUGAAUUUGACAGGUGGAGCUGCUGCGGAGGGGGACGAGGAGAUGCAUGUGGGGAUGUCUGGUAUUGCGGACUCGAUCAACAUCGAUGCUUUGGAGGGGAACGAAGGUGUUUCGGACGUGUUGCUUGCAUGGAGACACAUUGAUGCUUGGUCUGAGAAACAUAACCCAGAUUUGAACGCUACAUUGGGAGAUCCAGUGACGAACAACGAUAUUUUGCACGCCGAGGAAGAUCUAGAGAUUUCGUUACCACCGAGCGUGAAAGUUUCAAUGAGGAUCCAUGACGGUCAAGAGGACUUAGAAUCAAUGACGGGCACAUCCGGGCUUUUCUACGGUCUGCCGUUGAUGACGCUGGAUCAAGUGGUUGCCAUGACACAGGCCUGGAGGAAUGUCGCUUCAAACUUGAACAGACAGAGCCAGCAGAAUUCCGGUUCCGCUGAGGGGAAAUCCACUGAUCGCCAACCACAACAGCAACAGCAGCAGCAAAGAAGCCAAUUCAAGCUUCCCUUUAUCCCACCUCAAGGGUCUGUCCCACCAGACGCAGUCAUAAAUGUAUACGCUCAUCCUGCCUGGAUCCCCCUACUGACGGAUAACGCUGGUAACCAUAUCGGUGUCGAUCUGGCUCCUGGGCCCAAGGGCCACUACGGGCAAGUGAUCACGUUUGGGAGGGACUUUGACGUGAAGUACGUCGUGGGUGCCAACUGGGGGGAGUUUCUCUUAUCCUUUGCCAACGACCUGGAGGCAGGUAAUUGGUUUCUGAUCGAGGAGAGCGACGACUAUUUUGCCGGUGACGGUGAACUUGUAUUCAGAGACAAGAAAUCUAAUGGUCAAAUACAAGAUUACUUGGAGGUCUUGAAGAAAAGGGUGUUGUUGAAGAACAAAGACCUUUUGAAGACGGGCAACCAGCAAUCUACGCAAAAACAAGCGGCCCAGCAACAACAGGUACCACCUCCAGUCCCACCAAAAAAUGAACAAAUGGCAAAUGAACUUACCUUUGAUGACAGUGUAGCCACAGUGAAACAGACACAACCAAACGAAUUCAAGAGAGGCGACGCGGUCCCAACCACAGAAAAUGAGGAUGACCUGGACGCCAUUGUUACAGAUGACGAGGGUCAGGAGGAACACGAUAUAAUGGACGAGCCGAUUGAAGAACCAGCUGAAACCGCAGCACAUACGCCUGCUCAAGAACCUGAAACGUUACAAGCUUCGAUAGCCGAGCCGCAAGAAGAAAAGAGGCAAGAGGCACCGGAACAAGCCGCGGAAACUGCUAUCGACCAAGAUGCAGAAGCUGUUAAGCAGGCAACGGAAGAUGACACUGAAAAGACUGUGAACAACAGUGAAGAAGCAACGGAGACAACUCCAAUAGAACCAGAAGAGGAAGAAGCUGUGGAAUCAAAAGAAGAUGAAACUACCGAACCAGAACUGAACGAAAAUGCGAAACCAGAGAUUGAAGAGGAACCAAAGGCGGAAGAAACAGAGGAGAUAACUACACCAAAGGAGGACGUUGUUGCCGAAGAACCAGAAGUUAAAGAACUCAAAGAAGAGUUUGAAGCAGUGGCACUAUAA